UGUUGCGAUCAGGCUACGCAUCGGCCAAUAUGGCCGCUCCAAGGCUGCCUUUCCUAUGGCCGAUGCUGGCGAAAGGGUUCGAUUCUUCUAAUCCUGCCGCCCGGUCUGCCAGAGCUGCAGUUCGCAUUCGUGCCUAUCACCCAACAUCGCAACGGAGGAGACCAGCAGGACCAGCUCCUCAGCAGCCACGAUAUGGCACCGCGAACGAGCCGCCACCGCAUCUGGGAGGAGGAAAAGGCCUCGGUCCGCCGACCAAGCAAGAUCAGCCCGAGGAGGAAAAGAAGGCGCUGCCCAAGAUUGAUGGAAAGCUUCAGCAAGCUGGCGAGGUUGAGGUCAAGAACCAGAAGGAAGCGCAAAAAACCAAGCAGAAGGAUGUCUCGACAGUAGAUGGAGGGCUCUCGUCCCAGAUACACGGAGAUCCCAUGCGUGAUGCUGGAAGCUCUCACCCAACAGAAAAGCCGCCAGGCAUACCCGAUGCGCCACCGGACAAACCUCUAGAGUCGAUUCUACAAACCGUCCCUGAUCCGAGCAAGCACGCAGAAGAGCAGUCCAGCUCCUCAUUCCAGCAGUCGGCGGAAGAGGAGCAUCCCGACAGAACCUUUGACGAGCACACUCCGUCGGACAAAGCACCUCACAUUGACACACCUCGCUACGUUCACCACUUUGACACCUAUGGCCUCGUACGUCGCCUCGUCGACUCAGGCUGGUCCGAAGAACAAGCAAUUACAACAAUGAAAGCCGUACGUCUUCAGCUAGCCCAGAAUAUGGACUUAGCCCGCGAAGCCCUCGUCUCCAAAUCCCAAGUCGAAAACGAAACCUACCUCUUCCGCGCAGCCUGCGCCGAGCUCAAAACCGAAGUCACAGCGCGCCGGAAAGCCGAGCUAGAGAAAAUGCGAACAGAACGCGACCAACUCCAACACGAAGUUGAAAUCCUAACCCAGAGACUCGGACAAGAAAGUGCAGCUCUUAAGGACGAGUUGAAAGGCAUGUUCGAUGAUCGAAAAAUGGCCGUGAGGAACGAACAACUUUCCGUAGAAGCCAAGCUUCAAAGACUGAAUUAUCAGAUUACCGUGGAUUUGCAGGCUGAUGCGAAAUCUGAGGUUGAGGGCUUGAGAUGGGUUUUGACGAGACGCACGAUCGCCGCGCUGUUCGCUGUUGUGAUCAUGGUGGUGGGAAGUUUGAAAAUUUUCAGUGAUGCUGCGCAUGAGGAGGAGAUGAAUAGGAAGAGGAAGGCGAAUAUGAAGUCGGGGAGUACGCAGACAGAUUCUUCUGGGGAAAGUGGGCCUAGUGAGUUUGUGGGCGAGAGGCAGGUGCAUGGUGGUGGGAGUCAGUUGAACGGUGGCGAGAUGGUGGUCGAUAGUUUGCCGACCGGCUGAUCAAGCAACGCUCCUCGAGUAGCAGCUUGUUCGAAGCAGAAAGAGAUAAAUGAUAGACAACCCAUACGAUACCCCAAAAUCUUGAGAUUCUUGUGUAGGU